AUGUUGUUCUCGCUUCCACAAAGAGAGCCUAUUGCCUACCAAAUCAUCCUUUUUGGACCAUCUAAUAAACCAAUCGACAUUAGGCCACUUACACAGAACCCGAAAAUCAGCUCGACACGCAACACAAAUUCCUUCCAGUUCGCUCUGUUCAAGAACCCUGAAGCCUUGGCGCAUCGCGACAAUCCGUGUUUUCUUUUCAAGCGCAACACCAAACGCAGGCUGAGGGCUCAUCUCAGAAUCGCCUAUCCGCACCACUACUUCUUUCAGAUGUCCAAGAAGCAUUGA